UUUUUCCCCUCCCUAACCGGCUGGCCUAAUCCUUCUCGGUGCUGUGAUCUCUCAGCCUGUUAUCCAUCGUGCCCUUGCCUUCUCAUGGAUCGAACGCGUCCAAUAGGUCGAUAUCAUUGGCAUUGGCAAAUGAAAUGGCGCGUCUAGCCGUCAUGGGCACCCUGGGCCUUUUCAUAUAAAAGGGUCGACGGAACCUUGAUCCGGUGCGAGGGCUGACUGUUCACUGUCCAGACACCCUCGUGUUACAACCGAGUCAAGGGCACCCCAAGUUCGUGUCCGGCCUCCUGAUCGUCGUCGACGAUACUCCUCCCGCGACGUCCGUGACCACCAACUAGCAAAAAAUCCGUCGAUCGGCCAUGGUCAUCAUCAUGUUACCUGUCAUCCUGGCCGCGUCCCUGCUCGCGGCGACGGCGUCAGGAGCGCCCAGCAGCCGGCUCUGUGCCAAGACUUACGACUUUAUCGUCGUUGGCGGUGGCACUGCUGGCCUGGCUCUGUCGACCCGCCUCAGCCAGGGGCUGCCGAAUGCAACGGUACUCGUCAUCGAAGCUGGCCCGGCAGGCCUCGGGGACGAGCGCAUCGAGAUACCCGGACGCAGAGGCUCGACAUUUGGUUCCGUUUACGACUGGAACCUGACGACCGUCCCCCAAGCCGGUUCCAACGGACGCGUGUGGACCCAGACGAGAGGCCACGUCCUGGGCGGCAGCUCCGCGCUGAACCUCUUCUCCUACGACCGCGCGUCGGCUCACGAAUACGAUGGCUGGGAGGAGUUAGGCAACCCGGGCUGGAACUGGAACUCCAUGCGCGAUGCCAUGAUCAAGUCGGAGAACUUCACCUCGGCGAACACAGAGUACUACACUGGAAGCGAAGGAGUCGGUGAUUCGGGGCCCAUCAAAGCACUGAUCAACCGUCUCAUCCCCGAGCACCAGGCCCCUCUGUUUCCGGUCAUGAACAGCCUCGGGAUCGAGACGAACCUGGAAUCCCUGAACGGUAACGUUCUCGGCGUUCUGUAUUCGCCAAACAGCAUCGAACCGACCCACUACAAUCGAUCCUACAGCGCCAAUUCGUAUCUGCCUCUGGCCGGCCCGAACCAUUACGUCCUGACUGAGUCCAAGGUUGCCAAAGUUAACCUCGAACCUGUCCCAGAGGGCGGCAAUCGACGGGCCACGGGCGUUACGCUCGUGAACGGAAGAGUCUUGCUUGCCCGCCGCGAGGUCAUUGUCUCCGGCGGCAGCCUCCUAAGCCCAGCCAUCCUGGAAAACUCGGGUAUCGGAAAGGCCGACGUUCUGUCUGCGGCCGGAAUCGAGCAGCUCGUCGAUCUCCCCGGCGUGGGCGAGAAUCUCCAGGACCACGUCCGAAUCCAAAGCUCGUACGAGCUGAAGGAGACCUUCACUGGCUACGACCGUCUCAAGUACGACACCGCCUACGCGGCCGAGCAGCUUCGGCUCUGGUGGGAGGGCAAGACUUCCAUGUACGGAUACUCCGGCAGCGGAUACACCUUCACGAACUGGAACCAGGCUCUCGGGAACGAAGGCGAGGCGGACCUCAUCGCCCUCGCCCACGAUGCCAUCGGCGCCUCCGGCCACCCCGUGGAGCAAAAGAAGCUCGAGUGGCUCAACGACACUAGUGUCCCUCAGCUCGAGAUCCUGUUUAGCGACGGAUACACCGGGGUGAAGGGCUACCCUACCUCGGGUAGUGCAGGGUACGGCAAGGACUACUUUACCCUCAUUGCUGCCGUGAUGCACCCCCUGAGCCGGGGCAACGUCCACAUCAACCCCGUCAACCCUCUCGGGCCGCCCCUGAUCGACCCCAAGUACCUCUCCCACGAGUACGACCUGCAAGCCGCCAUCCAAGCCAUCAAAAAGUGCCGGCAGGUCGCCUUGACGGAGCCCCUUAGAUCGACGUGGGUCUCCGAGUACGAGCCGGGCCUAAACACGACCUCUGAUGCGCAGUGGAGGGAGUUCGCGCUCAAGACCACGUUGUCCAUCUACCACCCUGUCGGAACUUGCGCUAUGCUCCCCAAGGCGGACGGCGGCGUUGUCGACCCCUCGCUGAAGGUCUACGGAACCACGAAUCUCAGGGUCGUUGACGCCAGUAUCAUGCCGGUGCUGAUCUCGGCGCACAUCCAGACUGCUGUGUACGGCAUCGCCGAGAGAGCCGCCGAGAUUAUUAUUCAGGAGGCCACGGCAUGAGACAAGGGGUCAAAUUGCGUCAUGGAACGAGCCACAUUUGUACUGGGGGGUGAUGACAUUUACGUAUUUAAUGUAUAAUAUGAAGUCUCAAGCUUGUCCGUGUUUAACCUCUUCUCCCGCCUCGUGUUUCUGCAGGCGUUUACCACCAUCUUAACCGGCCCCCC